UCCGUGCUGUGAUCCAGAUUGGUUUCCUCCAGGUUAAACUUUCGUGUUUCCUCUCCAGAUGAAGGUGUGGACUCUGCUGAGUCAGUGUGAGAACAGAGAGGAGGGAGCCCCUCCCUCUAAAACCACUCUGUGUGGGGAACAUGACAGCCAGACCAAAGCUCAGAGCCCACAGAAGCAGCACAGACCUGGACCUGGUCCUGGACCCAGCUGUGUGUCCAUGAAGAGUGACCAGUCUAUCCCUCUUAUUAUAAACUUCAAAGAUGGACGCCACUCUUUUGAUCACAGGAGUAAUCUGGAAGAACCUGAACCCAGCUGGGUGUCCAUGAAGAGUGACCGGUCUAUGUAUGAUCCUUUAAACUUCAAAGAUGGACACCACUCUGUUGAUCAAAGAGUGGACCAGGAUAGCUCAGAGGUUCCCAGUGGUCAGUCUGCCCAGCAGCAUCAAACACACCUGGACUCCAUAUGUAUGCUGCUGGAGGAGAACAUCAGCACUUUUGUGAAGAAUGAGCUAAAGAAGAUCCAGAAGGUUCUGAGUCCAGAUUACCCAAAAUUAAUGGAGAGUCAGAGGGAGGAUGAGGAGGUGUUGGACGGUGAGGAUGAAGAGCAGAGGAGGAGCAGCAGAGAGGCAUUUCUGAAGAUCACACUGCACUUCCUAAGGAGAAUGAAGCAGGAGGAGCUGGCUGACCGUCUGCAGAGCAGAAGUUAUCGUGGAGUUUGUAAGCGUAAACUCAAAUCUAAGCUGCAGAAGAAGUUCCAGUGUGUGUUUGAGGGGAUUGCUAAAGCAGGAAACCCAACCCUUCUGAAUCAGAUGUUCACAGAGAUCUACAUCACAAAGGGAGGGACUGCAGAGGUCAAUGAUGAACAUGAGGUCAGACAGAUUGAAACAGCAUCCAGGAAACCAGACAGACCAGAAACAACAAUCAGACAAGAAGACAUCUUUAAAGCCCCACCUGGAAGAGAUGAACCAAUCAGAACAGUGAUGACAAAGGGAGUGGCUGGCAUCGGGAAAACACUCUUAACACAGAAGUUCACUCUGGACUGGGCUGAAAACAAAGCCAACCAGGACAUCCAGUUCACAUUUCCAUUCACCUUCAGAGAGCUGAAUGGGCUGAAAGAGGAAAAGUACAGCUUGGUGGAACUUGUUGAUCGCUUCUUCAGUGAAACCAAAGAAGCAGGAAUCUGCAGGUUUGAAGAGGUUGUGUUCAUCUUUGACGGUCUGGAUGAGUGUCGACUUCCUCUGGACUUCCACAACACUGAGAUCCUGACUGAUGUUACAGAGUCCACCUCAGUGGGUGUGCUGCUGACAAACCUCAUCAGGGGGAAUCUGCUUCCCUCUGCUCGCCUCUGGAUAACCACACGACCUGCAGCAGCCAAUCAGAUCCCUCCUGAGUGUGUUGACAUGGUGACAGAGGUCAGAGGGUUCAGUGACCCACAGAAGGAGGAAUAUUUCAGGAAGAGAUUCAGAGAUGAGGAGCAGGCCAGCAGAAUCAUCUCCCACAUUAAGACAUCACAAAGCCUACACAUCAUGUGCCACAUCCCAAUCUUCUGCUGGAUCACCGCUACAGUUCUGGAGGAUGGGUUGAAGACCAGAGAGGGAGGAGAGCUGCCCAAGACCCUGACUGAGAUGUACAUCCACUUCCUGGUGGUUCAGUCCAAAUUGAAGAACAUCAAGUAUGAUGGAGGAGCUGAGACAGAUCCACACUGGAUUCCAGAGAGCAGGAAGACGAUCAAGUCACUGGGAAAACUGGCUUUUGAGCAGCUGCAGAAAGGCAACCUGAUCUUCUAUGAAUCAGACCUGACAGAGUGUGGCAUCAAUAUCAGAUCAGCCUCAGUGUACUCAGGAGUGUUCACACAGAUCUUUAAAGAGGAGAGAGGACUGUACCAGGACAAGGUGUUCUGCUUCAUCCAUCUGAAUGUUCAGGAGUUUCUGGCUGCUCUUCAUGUCCAUCUGACAUUAAUCAACUCUGGAGUCAACCUUCUGGCAGAAGAACAAACAAAAUCCUGGUGGUCUGAAGUGUUCGGAGACAAAUCAACAAGUUUCUACCAGAGUGCUGUGGACAAGGCCUUACAGAGUCCAAAUGGACACCUGGACUUGUUCCUUCGCUUCCUCCUGGGUCUUACACUGCAGACCAAUCAGACUCUCCUACGAGGUCUGCUGACACAGACAGAGAGUAGCUCAAAGACCAAUCAGAAAACAGUUGAGUACAUCAAGAAGAAGAUCAGUGAGAAUCUGUCUGCAGAGAGAAGUAUCAAUCUGUUCCACUGUCUGAAUGAACUGAAUGAUCGUUCUCUAGUGGAGCAGAUCCAACAGUCCCUUAGUUCAGGAAGUCUCUCCACAGAUAAACUGUCUCCUGCUCAGUGGUCAGCUCUGGUCUUCAUCUUACUGUCAUCAGACAAAAAUCUGGACGUGUUUGACCUGAAGAAAUACUCUGCUUCAGAGGAGGCUCUUCUGAGGCUGCUGCCAGUGGUCAAAGCCUCCACCAAAGCUCUGCUGAGUGGCUGUAACCUGUCAGAGAGAAGCUGUGGAGCUCUGUCCUCAGUUCUCAGCUCCCAAUCCUCUAGUCUGAGAGAGCUGGACCUGAGUAACAACGAGCUGCAGGAUUCAGGAGUGGAGCUGGUGUCUGUUGGACUAAAGAGUCCACAAUGCAGUCUAAAAACUCUCAGGUUGAGUGGCUGUAACCUAUCAGACAGAAGCUGUGAAACUCUAUCCUCAGUUCUCAGCUCCCAGUCCUCUAGUCUGAGAGAGCUGGACCUGAGUAACAACGAGCUGCAGGACUCAGGAGUCAAGCUAGUGUCGGCUGGACUGAAGAGUCCACACUGCAGACUAGAAACUCUCAGGACGGACCAUGAUGGACCACAGAGACUGAGACCUGGUCUGAGGAAGUAUGUCUGUGAACUGGAACUGGACCCAAACACAGUAAACAGAAACCUCAAACUGUCUGACAACAACAGGAAGGUGACACAUGUUGGAGAGGAUCAGCCAUAUCCUGAUCAUCCAGAGAGGUUUGACUCCUGGUAUCAGCUGCUGUGUAGAGAUGGUCUGACUGGUCGCUGUUACUGGGAGGUUGAGAGGAGAGGAAGGGUUGAAAUAUCAGUGAGUUACAGAGGAAUCAGAAGGAGAGGAGACAGUGAUGACUGUGUGUUUGGAGGGAAUGAUCAGUCCUGGAGUCUGGUCUGCUCUGAUGAUGAUGAUGAAGGUUACUCUGUCUGGCACAAUAAGAGAAGAACAGUCCUCACCUCCUCCUCUGUCUCUAACAGAGUAGCAGUGUAUGUGGACUGUCCUGCUGGAACUCUGUCCUUCUACACAGUCUCCUCUGACUCACUGAUCCACCUCCACACCUUCAACACCACAUUCACUCAACCUCUCUAUCCUGGGUUUAUGGUCUGGUUUGGUUCCUCAGUGUCUCUGUGUCCUCUGCAGGACUGAGAGUCUCUCCUGGGGUCUGUUUCAGA